GUUGUGUUUAAAUAUGUAACUUGAAACUUAUCUGUGUAUGAUGAAAUGCAAUACAAAGUACGGAGGAUUACUUAACAUCUAGUUCUUAAAGAAGGGUAUUUUAGAUAUUCAGGUCACAAUAUGGAGAGGAUUGUACUUUAUUUAGUAUUUUUUUCUAUCAUUUACUGCUAUGAAUUCGUACAUGCUUCAGACUGCGAUAUCAAAAUUGUAUUUAAAGACAAUGAGGAUGUAAAAAUUGCAGAUUGUAAAAACAAAGGACUGACUUUCAUACCUCAGGAUUUACCGGGAGAUAUUAAAGUUUUAGAUAUGAGUUCUAAUCGGUUGCGAAUGAUUGUAAACAAUUCUUUUGUUAAUUAUAAAUACUUACAAGAACUUUUCCUGAGACAAAAUCAACUUCAUUAUUUAUUUAAGAAAUCGUUUCAAGGAUUACACAAACUUGCAAUACUUGACAUGUCUGAAAAUAUACUUAAUUUAUCUGAAGUAUAUUCAGCAGAACUAUUCCAUCCAAUUAAAAACUUAACAAAAUUGGAUAUCAGGAGUAAUAUGCCUCAACCAAUAGAAGUUGAUACGGAUUAUAAUUAUCCCGAUCAUGCAUUCGGUAUUCUGACAGAGUUGUCUUUCUUAGGAAUCGAUAUGAUGCCUUUGCCAUAUUUUGGAAGCGGAUUCGGUCAAAUGACGACCAUAACACAAUUACAGUUCGAAUCAUGUUAUUUAGUACGUUUAUCAAAUAAAACCUUUCAGGGGUUUUCAUCGUCUGUAGAACAGCUUACUCUAAGAAAUUGUCGGUUACACUUUGUUGUUACAGAAGAUAACGCAUUGCUGCCGUUUCCAAAACUUCAUGUAAUAGAUUUUUCCGGAACGUUCAUGCAUUUAAAGCACGCAUUGCAGCUGUUACAUCCAUACCGUAAUACAAAAAUGACGACAAUAAACUUUGGUCAUGUGAGUGACGUAAGUAUUGACAGGGCCGAUAUCCCGUAUGUUCUGACAAUUACAGUGGACAUAAUGAAGAACCUAAAAACUAUUUGUGUAGAAAAUCUUGAUUUAUCCGAAAAUGGAAUAGUAGAUUAUGAGCCUGGAUCUUUGUUCUCCUUCAAUCACCCGAAAUGUUUACGACAUAUUUCAUUUAAAAGGAACCGGUUUAUGCUUUUUAGCGAUAAAAAUCUAAAUGAGAUACAAAUAUUUUUUAGUAAAACUGUUAAAUUGAAAUCGAUCGACUAUUCAUAUAAUGCUGUCAACUAUGUGAUGAAAAAUUCAGUUACUUCAAAUUCAGAUUUAAAUUGUUCACUUCACAGUUGUGUGAUAUUACCAAAGUCACUUGAAAAAAUUUAUCUUAGUUACACAAUAGCAAAUACGUUCCCAAUAAUAUAUCUAAUAGUUCCUAAAAAUAACAGCCUUAUAUAUGUUGAUGUAUCUUAUUCAAAUUCAAAUAUUGCCAUACUUAUUCUUCAAAUUCGAGUUGAAACAUUCAUUUCUAAUGGUGGAGACUAUUCAUUUGCAUGGAAUCAAUUAAAACGUUCUUCCUAUAAUACUCUGAAAACGAUUGUAUGGAAAAACGCCGACAAGAUGAUGCAAUAAGACU